CCGACCUGGUUCUUGUCACGCCACCCAUGAAAUGAAACGCGACAUCUCUCUCUCUCUCUCUCGAAAUUCCCAUAACCAGCUAUGAGCUUACAUCCCUCAAUUCCUUCGCAUUCUCGUCCUGUUCCCCAACAUUUUCUCUCUCCAAAACAAUGCUGAAACCAAAGGCGUUUUUUGAGGACCAUUCGUCGUGCAACUUCCAUUCAUCGGAUGAAUUGAGCUCAUUUUGUUCAGGUGGGUUGUUCCUUGAUCCCACUGUGCCUGCUUCACUGGUUUCGUCUUUCUCGGAUCGCUGUUCAUCCUCGGUCUCUUUUGGGUCCUCAAGGAAUGGAAAGCCUCUGGUUUGCUUGGGUUUUUCGGGGGUUUUUAGAGAGAGAAACGAGUCUCAUAGGGGGAUUUGGGGGGAAUUGGGUUAUGGGUUUUUGUCGGUGAGUUUGUCAAUAAAAGGGAACGAUGGGUUUGUCAGGGAUUCAGCGAAGUUUCUAACACAAAAUGCAGAGGAUGGUUUGGAGGGGGUUACUGAGAAGAAAGAGGAGUUUAGUGAGAUAAAAGAGUUGAGGAAAGAGAAAAUUGGGUUGCGUGGGUCAGGGGCUGUUAAUACCACUAAGCACUUAUGGGCUGGUGCUGUGGCUGCAAUGGUUUCCAGAACUUUUGUUGCUCCGCUGGAGAGAUUGAAGCUUGAGUACAUAGUUCGUGGUGAACAAAAAAACCUUUUUGAGCUUAUUAAGAUGAUUGCAGUUACACAAGGUUUGAAAGGCUUUUGGAAAGGGAAUUUUGUGAACAUUCUUCGUACUGCCCCAUUUAAGGCAGUGAAUUUUUAUGCUUAUGAUACAUAUAGGAAGCAGCUCCUCAAAAUGUCUGGAAAUAAAGAGACCACAAACUUUGAGAGGUUUUUAGCUGGUGCAGCUGCUGGGAUUACAGCCACUAUACUCUGUAUACCAAUGGACACCAUUCGAACAAAGUUGGUUGCACCUGGCGGGGAAGCACUAGGCGGUGUGAUCGGAGUUUGCCGUCACAUGGUUAGAACUGAAGGUUUCUUCUCUCUCUACAAAGGGUUGUUCCCCUCUAUCGUGAGCAUGGCUCCAUCAGGGGCAGUCUUCUAUGGCGUGUACGAUAUACUUAAGUCAGCUUACCUUCAUUCACCAGAAGGGAGGGAGAGGCUUAAGCAAAUGCACGAACAUGAGGGGGAAGAGUUGAAUGCUUUGGACAAGCUUGAAUUGGGUCCCAUGAGGACUCUGUUGUAUGGGGCUAUUGCGGGUGCAUGUGCUGAGGCUGCGACAUACCCUUUUGAAGUGGUUCGGAGGCAGCUUCAGAUGCAAGUGCGGGCAACCAAGCUCAGUGCUUUCGCUACGUGUGCCAAAAUUGUCGAGCAUGGAGGGAUACCCGCGCUCUAUGCUGGCCUUGUUCCCAGCUUGCUCCAGGUGUUACCAUCUGCUGCCAUAAGCUACUUUGUCUACGAGUGCAUGAAGAUAGUGCUUACAGUGGAGUGAAGAGCAGCACUUGCUGGCAGAUGAUAGUGUUUCUUUUUCUGAAAGAGGUGAGAGAAACCUGCCAUUAUUGGAAGUUAUUUACCCCUUUUUUAUUUUGUCCGGGUGAGUCUGUUGGGAGAAGCCCCUACCCUUCGUGAGAAUUGAGCUUAGGAUGUAGCGUUGCAAAAUUGUCAAGCGCUGACCAAUUAAGCUUGGGCUCUUGUCCUACUUAUUUUCAUGUUGAUUAUUGGACAUUUGAGAGCGGUUGGAUUCGACAUUACUCUUCUCAUUUUUAAUAGGGAGAGGGGGAGAGAGAGAAAAAUAGAGUAUAUUUUGUAAUGUAAAUAAUUCUUUCUCUUUGUAGUCCGGGAGUUCAGCAAAACCAUGAUGCCAGAAUCUGUACUCUAUUAAUGAAAGAGAGUUCAAAUGA